UUUAUUAGUCGUUAGAUCCAAAAAUUACUCCUCGGAACUUUUCCUUACCGUGAGUGUGGGUUCUGUUGUGUCCCAGAAGAAAGAGGGUCGUGUAGUUUAAAGAGGAAAAUGUCUGCUUUGCCCAUUUUUGCUGAUCAAUUUUACACUAUGAACUUCACGCCUCGUCAAACAAUUUGUUUCCCACUCUCGGUAGUGUCUACCACUGCCACGUCCUAAAUCUCCAUCGAAAAAUAAGGAGAGUUAUAAGUUCCUUGAAUCAGACUAAACAUCUCAUGCGUCGCAUUGCAUGCUAUUGCUAAUCUUUUUCAGUGUUUUUGUAAUUGCUUAAUGAGCCAUCUGUUCUUUAAGGUUAAUUUUCUUGAAGCAAGCUGCUUGUUAGUGGAGACUGAAAAGAAUGAGAGAAGCUGCAUGUGUGGAUUGCAAAACUUGGGAAGAGGAACUAUAUUGGACACAUUUCCAAUAUUUUCAUUUUUCCCUGUCUCUUCAUGCUGGUUUCGAUCACCAUUUGGCCAUCCCUGAAAAAUUUACUAGAAAAUUGUUAAGGAAGUUGCCUGAUACGGUCACUCUUAAAGGUCCUAGUGGUACUGCGUGGGAAGUAAGCCUAACAGCGCACGAAAAUACCUUUCUCUUCAGUCGUGGUUGGCCAGAAUUCGUCAAAGCGUAUUCUCUUGAAGAAAAUGAUAUGCUGGUCUUUAAGUAUAACAGGGAGUCUUGCUUUGAUGUGUUGAUGUUCGACGGACAGAGCAUGUGUGAGAAGGCGGGCUCUUAUUUCCUCUCAAAAUGCGAGCAUAAAGAACAUAAGACUACUGGAUGCCAGGAAAAGAGAACUGGUGAAAGCUCUACUGAAGUUCUUAGUGCUUCUCCUAGGAAUGGCAGUGGAGAUUCCAAGCUAAAGAAAUCUACACAUAACUAUAUUUACACUGCCCCAAGGCGGCCUAAUAUGGUUGCUAAUAAAAAAGCUCGAAGAGAAAUUAAGUUCACGCCCAUUCAUUUGCCGAAAGCUGAAAUUGUGCAUCCAUUUCCUGGCCGAUCAAGAAGAAGGUAUAAACCAGACAAAGCUAUGCUGUCUGUGUUGCAAUCUGCACAAGCAGCAGUGACCCCCGAUGGCUUUAUCACAGUUAUGAAACCUACAUAUGUAUCAAAGAGAUUUCUUAUGUUGGUCCCUUGGGUAUGGGUGUCUAAACACAUCACCUCUGAGGAGAACCAAUACAUAAUUCUACGUAUUAAAGAGAAAACAUGGCAGAUACGACUCUAUUAUCGGAAACAGCUAAGUAGAGGGAGUUUCGCAGGUGGGUGGAAGGGUUUUGUUUUGGAUAAUAGCAUAAAAGAAUCCGAUGUCUGUGUGUUCGAACCUGGCAUCCCACUGGACAACAUGAUUGUCCUAGACGUUAACAUCUUUCGUGUAGUCCAAGAAAUGAGUCCGCUUGCACCCCGUCACUGAUCAGUGAGGUACUGAUGGCUAUCAUAACAGGUUGGUUGUCACACGAGAGCUAUCAUGCUCGUGUUUAGUUGUUAGACAACAAUUUGUUUUGUGGGAAUAGCUUCUAAAGUGCAAGUUUGAUGCUGUAUAAAUUGGCUUAGAAACAUUCAAAUUUGCUGUAUGUUUAAAGGCAAUGUAUGUAGCAGUAGUAUUACUAAUAGGUUUUGUUGUGUAGUUUAAUUUAAAUUUCAAUUCUGAUAAUGUAGUAGGUUUUUUGAUUUGUUUUGUUACGCAUCUUAAAUUUGUUAGUACUAUUACUUAUCAAGAAAUUCAGGAAUUUGUUUUUAUUUA